UGAAAAUACUUCCCAUUCCCUUCACUCCCCUGUCUAAGAUACUCAAAUAUAGGUCACACGAACAAAACCAGACACAUUUGCACGCAUUACUCGUUAGCUAAAUUUAAACAUAAAGAUGUCUUUACUGAAGUUAUCCUUUGAGGUGCACAAGAUGAAAUUAUCUGAGAAUCCCAGUGAAGAACUUGCACUAGGUCCCAACACUCAAUGGGAAGAAUCAGGUGUCAAGAAGCAACCGAUGAAGCAAAAGAAUCUUCUCCGAAAGCCUCGGCUUCACUGUCUGUAUGGAAAAGCUCGAGCGGAGGGACUGGAUUGGGUCCAAAAUAAUAUUAGCAAUGGAGAGGAACAGGAAUCUAACUGGGUGAAAACUGCAAGUAAAAAUAAAGUUAAUGGUAAAGCCUAUGAAAUGAAGGCUUUAAUCAGCGAAUGCGAAAAUCUGAAGCGAUGUGUCGAUUCCGAUUCCGGCAAAACCAUUGAAAGUGCCUAUGACUGUAAGGAUUUAAUGGGCGAGUGUGGAAAGCUGGAGGAUGACCUCCUUUAUGAAGGAACAGGAGACCUGUACCGGAACCCAGACGAGGAAAAUGUCAAUGAGCUAGCCUGCUAUUUGGAAGAUAUGGUCAACAUACCCAAGAAGAGAUCGGCUAUGGUAGAAAUGAUCUACUCUUGAUCUACACCACAGGGAUUAUGUCUUUUUAGAGCUAAAACAUUAAACAUAGCUUGCAUAUUUUUUAAA